GCUGGAGCCGGAAUCAGGAGAUUGCGUCAUCACUCUGCGCCUGCCGGAGCAAGGCUGCCGAAAGCAGAGAACGAAGGAGCGACUUUGCGGUUGUUCGGUUCGCGGCUGUCGCCAUGGGGGGCGGCGAUCUGAACCUCAAGAAAAGCUGGCAUCCACAAACCUUGCGUAAUGUGGAAAAAGUUUGGAAGGCAGAACAGAAACAUGAAGCUGAACGGAAGAAAAUUGAAGAACUGCAGCGGGAGUUGCAUGAGGAGCGAGCGCGAGAAGAAAUGCAGCGUUAUGCAGAAGAUGUGGGCGCUGUCAAGAAAAGAGAUGAAAAGCUGGAAUGGAUGUACCAAGGACCAGGAGGCAUGGUGAACAGAGAUGAAUAUCUUAUGGGCCGUCCAGUUGACAAAUAUGUCUUUGAGCCAAUGGAGGACAAGGAAGGAGGCUGUUCUUCUGAGACUGGCCUUCUGCCAGGCUCUAUUUUUGCCCCCACAGGUGCCAACUCUGCCCUGGAUAUGGCCAGCAAAAUUCGGGAAGAUCCACUUUUCAUGAUAAGGAAGAGAGAAGAGGAGAAGAAACGCGAAGUUCUGAACAAUCCUGUAAAAAUGAAGAAGAUCAAAGAAUUGUUGCAAAGCAGUUUGGAGAAGAAGAAAAAGAAGAAGGAGAAGAAAAAGAAGCACAAGAAACACAGACACCACAGCCCUAGCAGCAGUGAAGAUGAACAUAUUAAAGCCAAGUCACGAGAGAGAGUUGACAAUUCACUGGAGCCUCUUCACUCCAAAUUGCCACAAUAUGGCUUGCAAGUCCGAGAUACUGGCCACAAGAAGGUACCAUUUGAGAAGCCCCAAGGGAGGUCUGCAUCAAAGGGCAAAUGCCUUUCACCCGAGAGGAACUCUGACACCAAGAGAAUAAAUCAGGUGGAGACAAGCAGUCGCAGGAGGUCGAGAUCACCCAACCAGCACAGACAGCAUAACAACAAGGAUCCUAAAGCAAAGGGAGGAGGGAAGAGUCCUUCUCCAAGGAGAGAAGGCUACAGAAGACAACAGUCGUCAAGCAGAAAGCUCUCAGCAGAAGAGCUAGAGAGAAGACGUCAAGAAAUGAUGGAGAAUGCCAAGUGGCGGGAAGAGGAAAGAAAGAACAAUGUGAACAGGCACAGAAAAGAGGAGGAGCGAGAGCGAGCAUUGGAGAAGCUGAGUCGCAGUGAUGGGAAGUUCAUACACCAUAUAAAGCUGGAGAGUGCAUCCACCUCCUCUCUGGAAGACAGAGUCAAGAGGAACAUUCACUCUAUCCAAAGGACAGCAGCAGCACUGGAAAAAAACUUCAUGAAGAGAUGAAAUCAUCUUCCUUCACUAGAACCACUAUGGACUUGCUUAUCUGGGAUACUUUUUUUUACCUCAAGGAGAUGGCAAAGAGUCUCACAGCUAUGAGGGAAAACUAUUAAAAGAUCUUAAUAACA